GUAAGGAUGGCAUGAAGUUCACAACGGGAGCACGAUAAACUAGAUAAACUUCAGCUGCAAGAAAGACUCAGGUAAGUAACAUGAAAACUGAUCUUGGAGUCUGAGGCAAUGAAUGGAAUGAAUCACUCUGUGGUAUCAGAAUUUGUAUUCAUGGGACUCACCAACUCACGGGAGAUUCAGCUUCUGCUUUUUGUUUUCUCUUUGUUGUUCUACUUUGCGAGCAUGAUGGGAAACCUUGUCAUUGUAUUCACUGUAACCAUGGAUGCUCAUCUGCACUCCCCCAUGUAUUUCCUCCUGGGUAACCUCUCAAUCAUUGAUAUGGCAUUUUGCUCAAUUACAGCCCCUAAGAUGAUUUGUGAUAUUUUCAAGAAGCACAAGGCCAUCUCCUUUUGGGGAUGUAUUACUCAGAUCUUCUUUAGCCAUGCUCUUGGGGGCACUGAGAUGGUGCUGCUCAUAGCCAUGGCCUUUGACAGAUACAUGGCCAUAUGUAAACCUCUCCACUACCUGACCAUCAUGAGCCCAAGAAUGUGUCUAUACUUUUUAGCCACUUCCUCUAUCAUUGGCCUUAUCCACUCAUUGGUCCAAUUAGUUUUUGUGGUAGAUUUACCUUUUUGUGGUCCUAAUAUCUUUGACAGUUUUUACUGUGAUCUCCCUCGGCUCCUCAGACUUGCCUGUACCAACACCCAAGAACUGGAGUUCAUGGUCACUGUCAAUAGUGGACUCAUUUCUGUGGGCUCCUUUGUCUUGCUGGUAAUUUCCUACAUCUUCAUUCUGUUCACUGUUUGGAAACAUUCUUCUGGUGGUCUAGCCAAGGCCCUCUCUACCCUGUCAGCUCAUGUCACUGUGGUCAUCUUGUUCUUUGGGCCACUGAUGUUUUUCUACACAUGGCCUUCUCCCACAUCACACCUGGAUAAAUAUCUUGCUAUUUUUGAUGCAUUUAUUACUCCUUUUCUGAAUCCAGUUAUCUACACAUUCAGGAACAAAGACAUGAAAGUGGCAAUGAGGAGACUAUGCAGUCGUCUUGUGCAUUUUACAAAGAUUUUGUAAAUGGCUUGGCUGUCAAGAUGUGUAACUAUGGAUUACUCCUCAUGCUGAUUGCAUAAAAGAAACUGCAAUUUCAGAGAAAUACUGAAGACUCAGGCCAUAUUAUAUGCCUGAAAAUUUAUGAAAUCAUGGUAACAAUUUCACCAUUAAAUUAGAAGUGAUGUUAUCCUUUGGCACAGUGUGCAUCAAAGUGCUAAAUAUUAAAUCUUAAUGUCUUUUGUAACCUACCACUUUGAAAGACCUUGUUCUAGGUGAGUGCCAUGUAAUUGAACAAAUAACAAUACUAUGUCUUUUAUUUUUUCUACUGGACAGAUUAUUCUAUUGAUAGACAAACUACACAUUCAAUCUGUUUACCACCUAACUCCUAUUUAUUUAUUUAUUUAGUUAGUUAGUUAUUUGAGUUGGAGUCUCGCUCUGUCACCCAGGCUAGAGUGCAAUGGCAUGAUUUCAGCUCACUGCAACCUCUGCCUCUCCGGUUCAAGGGUUCGAGCAAUUCUCCUGCCUCAGCCUCCUGAGGGCUGGGAUUACAGGCACCCAUCACAACCCCUGGCUAAUUUUUGUAUUUUUAGUAGAGAUGGAGUUUCACCAUGUUGGCCAGGCUGGUCUGGAACCCCUGACCUCUAGUGAUCCACCUGCCUCGGCCUCCCAAAGUGCUGGGAUUACAGGCAUGAGCCACCGCGCCUGGCCUGUUUAGUAUCUAACUCUCUUGAUUUUAAUUCUUUUUGUUCCUAAAGUGUUUGCUUUCUAUUGCUCCAGUCUCUACAUAUUUAUGCCACCUUAUCAGGCUUCUUUGGCCAUCUACAAAAUUGUUAGUCCUAUAUUUAGAAUAUUCAAAUUUAAAGUUAGAGUGGAUUACCAACACCAUCUGUUCCAAUCCCCUCAAAUUACACGUACUAAAAUCCAAGAAUUGAGCAGUGACUAGUUUGCCCAAAGGCACAUAGCUGGAAACCAUCAAAGAGAGCCAGGCACCAGAAACCAUGACUCUGAUUGCUAGGUCAGUGCCCUUUCACUUUCAGAUCAAUUUUGUUUUUGAUUUGAUGUUCAUAUUCCACUCUUCCAUCUUUAUCAUUU